AUGUCUGCAUACAUUGCAGUGCUUCUUCUACCCAUCUCGAUCAAAAGCCUCUUCUUUCCUCAUCGAGGGACUUGUUCUUUAGAAUUUCUUAACAGAAAGAGGAAAUCCGUUGUUCGGGAGAGAAUACAGAAAAUCCACGAGGAGCUAGAAAAAGAAAGACAUGAUGGCAUGAAACUCGAUUACGCUGGUCGGCUGGAGAAUGUGGUCGGGUGGUACCAUUCUCAUCCUGGCUAUGGAUGCUGGCUCUCUGGCAUUGAUGUAACUACACAAAUGCUUAACCAGCAGUAUCAGGAGCCCUUUCUUGCAGUUGUUAUUGAUCCAACAAGAACUGUUUCUGCUGGAAAAGUUGAGAUUGGUGCCUUUCGAACAUAUCCUGAAGGAUAUAAGCCUCCAGAUGACCCUAUCUCAGAGUACCAGACCAUUCCUUUGAACAAAAUCGAAGACUUUGGAGUACAUUGCAAGCAGUAUUAUUCAUUGGAUGUUACGUAUUUUAAGUCCUCUCUCGAUUGCCAUCUCUUGGACCUACUUUGGAACAAAUAUUGGGUGAACACACUUUCUUCUUCUCCUUUGCUUGGAAAUGGAGACUAUGUUGCUGGACAGAUAUCUGAUCUUGCUGAAAAGUUGGAGCAAGCUGAAAAUCAACUGCCCCAUUCACGUUUUGGGCCCUUAGUGGCAGCCCCUCAAAGGAAGAAGGAGGAAGAAUCUCAGCUUGCUAAGAUUACACGUGAUAGUGCUAAGAUUACUGUCGAGCAAGUUCAUGGCUUAAUGUCUCAGGUUAUUAAAGACAUUCUUUUCAAUAGCGUUUGUAAGUCAGGCAAGUCGCAGACGGAACCCUCUGAUCCAGAGCCCAUGAUCGAAACCUGAAAAGUUUCAUCCUAUUAGUCCAGAUGUAGAUCUGUUUCUAGGUUUCUUUUGCAGUUAACAUGCAGCUUUGACUCUAUUAUAUGUAGGUCCAAAGAGGUGAAAGUUUAAGAUGGCCACCCCACAUAUAAAUUAUCAUUGCUGUUUAAUGUUUUGAAGAUUUUGCCAAAUCUUUCACUAGUUCUUUUCCUUGUCUACCUUUCUUUUGUUACUUGGAGAAGUUCUGUAAAUCAUGAACCAUCCUUUUUAGGAAUGGUACUACCUCCAUCUUGUAUUAGAUCGACAUUUUCUAUUUUACAGGGUGAUUAAGAAAUCAUUAAUAGAUUGAUCAACUUUACUAUUU